AUCAGCAUCAAAAACAAACUCUUCACAAGGAUCAAAUUCAAAGGAAAGUCCAGCACCAUCAAAAGCACCAUUGCCUGCUCCUUCAUUAUCACCAUCAUCAACACCAACACUAGCAUCCCCAUUAGGUAAACACCAAUUUUGGAAAAGCGAAGUCAUUAUAGGUGUUGGAAGUGGGGGUGUGGUAAUGGGAGUAUUCAUUAUAUGUAUCAUAGUUUGUUGCUUUAGAUACAAGUUAUUUACUCCACUGAUCAGAUGUUGUUUGACCACAAAGAAUGACCAAGAUAUUGAAGCAUUCUUAAAAGUUCAUGGAGCCGUGUCACAAAAAAGAUACAAAUUUGCAGAAGUCAAGAAGAUGACGAAUUCCCUCAAAGUUAAACUUGGUCAAGGUGGUUUCGGUGCAGUGUACAAAGGACAACUACCCUCAGGCAUCCCUGUGGCUGUAAAACUAUUGAAUGGAUCCAAAAGAAAUGGAGAAGAAUUUAUGAAUGAGGUUGCUAGCAUCAGUCGAACCUCUCAUGUCAACAUUGUGUCACUUCUUGGAUUUUGCUUUGAAGGUAGCAAGAAAGCUCUCAUCUAUGAGUUCAUGGCUAAUGGUUCUCUGGAAAAGUUUAUCUACAAAAGAGGGACAGAAACCAUAACAUCGUUGAGUUGGGAGAAUUUAUACCAAAUCUCGAUAGGAACAGCUCGAGGGUUGGAGUACUUACACAGAGGAUGCAACACUCGAAUUUUACAUUUUGAUAUAAAACCACAUAAUAUUCUUUUGGAUGAGAACUUGUGUCCAAAGAUAUCAGAUUUUGGGUUAGCAAAGCUGUGUCCCAGAAAAGAGAGCAUUAUUUCCAUGGCAGAUACUAGAGGAACAAUGGGGUAUGUGGCUCCAGAAAUGUGCAAUAGACAAUUUGGUGGAGUUUCACACAAGUCAGAUGUUUACAGUUAUGGGAUGAUGUUGCUGGAAAUGGUAGGAGGGAGGAAGAACAUUGAUGCUGAAGUGAGUCAUACAAGUGAGAUAUACUUCCCACAUUUGGUGCACAAGAGGCUUGCCCUGGACAAGGAUUUAAGACCUGAUGAAGUGAUGAGCACUGAAGAAAAUGAGAUUGCAAAGCGAAUGAGCAUAGUAGGUUUAUGGUGCAUUCAAACCUUUCCAAAUGAUAGACCUACGAUGAGCAAAGUAGUGGACAUGCUGGAAGGCAACAUCAAUUUCUUGGAAAUGCCACCAAAACCUAUGUUUUCUUCACCUACAAGAUCUGACAGCUGAAUCUUCCUCUUACAUUUCAUUACUACAUUUGCAUUCUUGGUACUUUCUAAUAUGUACAGCUAAUGGAUCUUUUAUGUGUGGCAAACUGCUUUUACGUUUUCUGCAAAUCAGAACAACAUUGCCUUAGAUGGCCUCCUUGUAACAAGCCAAAUCAAAAUACAUAUAUAA